GGAGCAGGAUGCGGCUUCCACCAAGUGUUUCUUUAGGGGGUCUCAAAAGCCCUGCAGUCACAUUCCUGUUUAACUCAGACCCUGCUUUCUCCACAGAGCUGGGAACUUCACCAGAAACAAAGUGAAGAUGCCAGAGCCUGUAAAGAAAACGGGUUCUGCAUUUACCAAGAAGCCGAAGACAACAGAGGCGACAGCUGGAAGCACAGCUGUGUUUGAAGCAGAGACAGAAAAAUCUGGCAUCAAGGUGAAAUGGCAGCGAGCGGGCACCGAAAUUACUGGAAGUGAGAAAUAUGUCAUUAAGGCAGAAGGAAACAAGCAUUCACUGACAAUCAAUAAUGUAGGAAAAGAAGAUGAUGUGACAUAUGCUGUAAUAGCUGGUAGUUCCAAGGUCAAAUUUGAACUCAAGGUCAAGGAACCAGAAAAAAGUGAGACAGACACUCUGGCAGAAGCUGCUCCAGCCCCAGCUGCAUCAGAGCCACCUGCUCUACCAGUAGAAAGCAGCCAAAAUAUAGAAGUUGCAUCUUCUGAAACUCAACCAGAAGAACCUCUGGACCUCAUUGGGCUCUUUGUGACACGACCUCAGGAUGGAGAAGUUACUGUGGGUGGAAAUAUCACAUUCACUGCCAAAGUGGCAGGUGAGAGCCUGUUGAAGAAGCCAUCAGUGAAAUGGUUCAAAGGAAAGUGGAUGGACCUGGCAAGCAAAGUGGGGAAACAUCUCCAGAUACAUGACAAUUACGAUCGAAAUACCAAGGUGUACACCUUUGAAAUGGAAAUCAUAGAAGCAAACAUGACUUUUGCAGGAGGGUACAGAUGUGAAGUGUCUACUAAGGACAAGUUUGAUAGCUCUAGUUUCAACCUGACAGUCAAUGAAGCCCCUGUAACUGGAGACCUGGAUAUUCGAGCUGCCUUCCGGCGCACGAGCCUAGCAGGAGGGGGGAGACGGAUGACUUCAGCCUUUCUCAGUACCGAAGGACAUGAUGAAGGGGCAGAGUUUAAUUUUAGUUCCCUACUGAAAAAAAGAGACAGCUUCUUGCGCUCCGUCAAUCGAGGUGAAGCAAAACCUGAAUCACAAUCUGAUGUUGAUGUCUGGGAUAUCCUGAGGAAAGCUCCUCCUACCGAAUACGAGAAAAUUGCUUUUCAGUAUGGUAUCACGGAUCUGCGUGGGAUGCUGAAACGCCUCAAACGCAUGAAGAAGGAAGAAAAAAAAAGUACAGCAUUCCUCAGGAAACUGGAUCCAGCUUACCAAGUAGACAAAGGGCAAAAGAUUAAAUUAAUGGUUGAAGUUGCCAAUCCAGAUGCUGAUGUGAAAUGGCUGAAGAAUGGACAGGAGAUCCAAGUGAGCGGCAGCAAAUAUAUUUUUGAGGCUGUUGGGAAUAAGAGAAUACUGACCAUAAACCACUGCUCUCUGGCCGACGAUGCAGCAUAUGAGUGUGUGGUAGGGGAUGAGAAGAGCUUCACAGAAUUAUUUGUAAAAGAACCUCCAAUCCUGAUCACUCACCCACUGGAGGACCAGAUGGUGAUGAUUGGAGAGAGAGUGGAGUUCGAGUGCGAAGUGUCUGAGGAAGGAGCUACUGUGAAAUGGGAAAAGGAUGGAAUUGAACUGACACGAGAAGAAACAUUCAAAUAUCGAUUCAAGAAAGAUGGAAAGAAGCAGUAUCUAAUUAUUAAUGCGUCAACCAAGGAGGAUAGUGGACACUACACUGUGAAGACCAAUGGUGGAGUGUCAGUUGCUGAACUAAUUGUACAAGAGAAAAAGCUAGAAGUUUAUCAGAGCAUUGCAGAUCUGGCAGUGAAGGCACGUGACCAGGCAGUCUUCAAGUGUGAAGUUUCUGAUGAAAACGUGAAAGGAAUCUGGUUGAAAAAUGGAAAGGAGGUGGUCCCAGAUGAAAGGAUAAAGAUCUCCCAUAUUGGCAGAAUCCAUAAGCUAACUAUUGAGGAUGUAACACCAGAGGAUGAGGCUGAUUAUUCCUUCAUUCCACAAGGAUUUGCUUACAACCUUUCUGCCAAGCUUCAGUUUUUGGAGGUUAAGAUUGAUUUUGUACCAAGAGAAGAACCCCCCAAAAUCCACCUUGACUGUCUGGGCCAAUCUCCUAACACCAUUGUUGUGGUGGCCGGGAACAAGCUGAGACUGGAUGUUCCUGUAUCAGGAGAUCCAACUCCCACUGUUAUCUGGCAGAAAAUAAACAAGCAAAAUGACCUAGUUCGAAACAGUGAUGAUUCCAUGACUCCCUCAGAAAACAGCAGUGAUUUAAAUGCUGAUAAUAGGCUUCUGUUUGAAUCUGAAGGCAGAGUUCGUGUGGAGAUGCAUGAAGAUCAUUGUGUCUUCAUCAUUGAAGGAGCCGAAAAGGAGGAUGAGGGAGUAUACAGAGUUAUACUUAAGAAUCCAGUGGGAGAAGAUAAGGCUGAUAUCACAGUCAAAGUUAUUGAUGUUCCUGACCCUCCGGAAGCUCCCAUGAUCAGCAACAUUGGAGAAGAUUACUGCACUGUGCAGUGGCAACCCCCCAAAUACGAUGGUGGGCAACCGGUGCUUGGGUAUAUUUUAGAAAGAAAGAAGAAGAAGAGCUAUCGAUGGAUGAGACUGAAUUUUGACCUUUUGAAAGAGCUAACCUAUGAAGCCAAGCGAAUGAUUGAAGGAGUAGUUUAUGAGAUGCGGGUUUAUGCUGUGAAUUCUAUUGGCAUGUCCCGGCCAAGCCCUGCCUCACAGCCCUUCAUGCCAAUUGCUCCUCCAAGUGAACCAACCCACUUUACAGUGGAAGAUGUUUCUGACAGUACUGUUGCCUUGAAGUGGAGGCCCCCAGAGCGGAUUGGAGCCGGAGGACUAGACGGUUAUAUUGUGGAAUACUGCAAAGAUGGAUCUACAGAAUGGAUUCCUGCACUUCCUGGCCUAACUGAGCGCACAUCUGCACUGAUUAAAGAUCUGGUCACAGGGGACAAACUUCAUUUCCGUAUAAAGGCUAUAAACUUGGCUGGUGAGAGUGGAGCAGCAAUAAUAAAAGAACCUGUUACUGUUCAAGAGAUCUUGCAGCGUCCCAAAUUCUGGUUGCCACGCCAUCUCAGACAGACUCUGGUGAAAAAAGUGGGUGAGACAAUCAAUAUUGUGAUCCCUUUUCAG